AUGGGUCCUACCUUAAAACAACAAUCAGCACACCAUACCCAUUCCGCAUGUAUUGAUGAGUCAUUACAGAAUUUACGUCAACUAUAUACGAAUAUUGCAUCGCUAAAUUUGCCAUCUCAAUGGGAUACCGUUGAUACUUCUCAUCUCCAUUGUCGAAUCGGUAAUUCACAACAAUUUGGUUUAACUGAUGAGUUAGCAUUCACACAUUUCUGGAAAGCAUUUGGUGAUAAUAUUAACGAAUACGACAAGCAGAUCCAAUUGGUGUUGUAUAGAGAAUCAUCAGCUAGCGCAUCUUCUCCACAGCAAAUACACGCUUUUGAAUCGACAUCAGCAAUACCAUCGGGAAAACAAUUUGUAAUUCAAUCCAUUGAUGAAACAUUCGAGUAUAUAUCUGAUUAUUUGGUAAAAGAAGUGAUAACGCAGGCAGACCUUUUUGUUACGCUGGAAGAUGUUGGUCCUAUUGAUUUUGAUUACUUUAUAUCUUUAGACUACAGAAAUUAA